UGGCCCUUGGCCCUUAGCAACAUUGAACCUUUUAGCCCACCUUAGCCAGUACCUUAGCUUUCAUAGUUACGGGUACCUACCCCUCCUGUCUUUCCCAAUCCUCCCCCGUUCGUGCUGCUGAUCCGGUCGAUCUGAUUGCUUAAUCUGGUUGACUUUCCCGGCUAUACUUACACCCAAACUUGCUAACUAGCCAACCACGUAUUUCCAAUCUAAGACAGAAGGAAAAAAAAAUUAAAUAAAAAAAUAAGAACGUACAAGGAGGAGAAAAAAAAGGGCGUUCGUCACGCGUGAAAAGACCAAGAAGAGUGGAGGGAUACAGCAGAGAUAAGAAACAAAACCAAAACAGAAAAAGCAAUUGGGCAUACAUACAUACCUCAUACAUACGUAACGUGUACAUACAUUACACGACCUAUAACCAGUAUGGGUCUCUUCUCGAGAAAACCCAAGGCGCCCAAGCCAGUCAACGCUUCCGCUUCCAACGGGUCAAACGACACGGCCAGCUUGCACUCGCAAAGCUCCAACUUCAAAAGUUCAUCAGCCAGCAAUUCCAGAGUACAGUCGCAAUCUUACAGCAAUCAUCGCGCAUCGGCCGGCAGCGUACCGCCGACUCCUAUGACCCCCAUGACUCCCAUGACGCCGCAUCUCAUGCCCAGAAUCAACCUACCUAAGCCUCCGGAUCCAGUCCUCGAUGCCGCCGGUUACCUGAGGAGUCUGGGCUCCGUCCGCGAGCGGUCUAAGAUCGUGACCGACAAGGCCUUGCGCAACAACCUUAACCAUUUCGACGUGGAUAUGGCCAAGUUUCCCGACGUCGCUACCUUUGUGUGCGGCAUCAUCAAGCGAGAUUACGACGCUCCGUUUUCGUCGAUCCCGCCCCAUGGCCGGUACCAGCACUUCUGCGCCGGCGGGCGGGAUCGGGUCGCCAACCUGCUAGCGACUUUUCCCGACGACGUCGAUAGUACCGAGAAGUGUCGCCGCCUAAUCGAUUUGUUCCUCGUCAGCGUGCUGCUCGACGCCGGCGCCGGUACCGUAUGGAGCUUUAAGAGCGCCGAGAACGGCCGCAUCUACAGGAGAUCCGAGGGCCUAGCCAUUGCGAGCUUGGAGAUGUUCAAGGCUGGGUUGUUCUCCGGAAAUCCGAACAACAAGUUCCAGGUGGAUAAGGAGGGUCUUCAAACGUUGACCGUCGAGCAGCUAGCCAAGGGCAUGCAAUCACGUCCUGGCAACGAGAUUGCCGGUUUAGAGGGUAGAGCGCAGCUCCUGAUACGACUUAGCGAUGCGCUAUCGGAGAAGACGGAUUUCUUCGGUGCUGACGGACGGCCGGGCAACAUGGUCGACUACCUCCUGGCGCAUCCGACAACACAGGCUUCUUCGUCCCCCAUCGUAGUCCUUCCGGUACUUUGGAACGUGCUUAUGUCUGGGCUCGCUCCUAUCUGGCCUCCUUCGCGGACGGCUAUCGACGGCGUCUCUCUUGGUGACGCUUGGCCGUGCUCCGCGAUGCCGCAGCCCACACCGCCGCCGACCUCCCCGGGGUUUUCUCCGUUCCCUAAUUCUCAGCCAAGCUCGGGCGUCGCUCCCUGGGAAUCCAUCCUGCCUUUCCACAAGUUGACGCAGUGGCUCACGUACUCUCUAAUGCAGCCCAUGCAGAACCUCCUUAGGAUCCAGUUCGCCGGCACGGAGCUCCUAACGGGGCUGCCCGAGUACAGAAACGGAGGCUUGUUCAUCGACCUCGGCGUAUUGACCCUCAAGAACGACGACCUCGAACGUGGCCUGCAGAACUAUAGCGACUACUGCCGGCGGACGGGCUCUGAUGGCAUCGAGGUAGCGCCUAUGUUCGAGCCGAGCGACGACGUAAUUGUCGAGUGGCGAGGUGUUACCGUGGGCUUCCUCGAUAUGCUCUUAGUCGAAGUCAACAAGACCCUCAGGAAGGAUCUCAACGGUGGCGAGUUGACGCUAGCACAGCUGCUCGAGGCAGGAAGCUGGAAGGGUGGUCGCGAGAUCGCAGAGGUUAGCCGACCCAACACGAAAGAGCCGCCCAUCCUCAUUGAUUCGGAUGGAACUGUAUUUUAACUAGGGAUUUUAAUAUCGUGUCUUGUUUACGCUUCUAUUGUUCGUUUCGAUCACCCUGUCUUAGAAUUCAUUACGACACAAAGCGAAAAUCGCUAGUUUUGGUAGAUUGAGGAUCAUACCCCCUUUGUUAGCAUUCUGAAAGUCGGUGGAAAAUAUACUGCCUAUUCUUGGCCAUUUGGGCCGUCCUGAGUAACGGAAGUAGGCGGCUAAAGGAAGAAACAUAUUAUAUUCGUUCUACGGAUAAGAACGGUACGGCAACAGCAACAGCAACACAACUUUGUUGGUGCGAUUAUUGGUAAUUCUCCACGCGUUUUGGGUUUUUUUUUUGUCGCGGCACGAUCACAAAAAGUUGAUCAACUUUUUUCGAUUAACAUAGGAUAGUAUUGCUG